AUGAAUCAGAAAAAGCAAAAACAAAAUAUUCAACCACGAACUGGUGAAACUCAUGGACUUUUCGGUGUGAAAUACUUGAAGAAUCAUAACAUGCGGGAUCCCCUCUGGACAGCUGAUGAUUUAAUUACGCAAUAUGAGAAAUUGAGCGGCAUUUAUCGAAAAGCAAAUAAAGUCGCUGGCUUGCGAAGGGAACAAGACAACAUUCAAAUAAAUCAACAAAAAGAAUCAUUAAAGCGAUUAGUGAAAGAAAAGGGCGAAAUUUCUCGCAUUCUUUACAAAGGCGACAUGCAACGGAUGAAGAAUAUUUUCAGAGAUCAACCGAGAUAUCAGAGAAUGUAUUGUCAUUUGUUAGCACAUGAAGUAUUGGAGAAGAUUCAAGAACAAACAUUUCAUAAGCAAACAACUUUGGAUGCUUUGAUUGGUGAACGGAAUAAAUUGUUGAGAGAAUAUGAACAGAAAUUGAAAGAAGCUGCUGAUAAACAGGAAAUCAAUCGAUAUUAUGAUAUAAAAGAAUUCCAACAAGAACGUGACACGAAGCGACUUUAUGCUGAAUUGAAAAAUUCCGAAACACGUUGUCGAGCAAUUCAAAACUUGAACUCCAGCUACAAGAAAAUCAUCGAUAAAAUGCUUCACGAUUCACUUUAUUAUCAGCCAGUUAUUGAUGCUUUGAAUGCUGAUUGGAAUGAACAAACAAUGUUGGUAAAACAAACUCACAAAAUUGGUUACCCAGCAAUUCAAGAUGUGGAGAAAAUGGAAAAGAAAUUGAAGUCAAUGAACAGAGUUGCCAAACAAGAAUUCAACAAUCGCUUAAAGACAAUUGAAGAAAAUCGUCGAAUCUUGAAGGAACAUCCAAAGAUUGUGAAGCAACUCGUUCGAAGUGACUCAGAUUUCAGUUUUUCGGGUACUCGAUACGAUCGGGAUACUCGAUCAAUGACGAGUCUUAAAGUCAAAAUGGAUAAAAUUGAGCCAACAAUUGACAUGCUGAAAAGUGCAACAUUGUGUGAAAAAGUUGAAGAAAUCUACCCAAGAUUUGUAAAACAAUCGGAAGGCAACAAUCAGAAAAAGCUUUUGUUGAAAAGGCAAGAAAGUAUUCGUGACUCAAUAAAAGAAAAAAGCGAAGUUUUCAAAUAUUUUCUUGAGCGAAUACUUGAUGAUCGACCAGAAAUAUUUAAUGAAGAGAAAAUGAAUGAGAUUAAAAAGCUUAAUGAUUGUGUAAAAGGCGAAAAUAGGAAGCUUGAUGCUUUGAGGAAAGACAUGGCAGAGAAAUCAAAAAUUAUUGUUCAGAUAAGAUUGGCAUUACAACAUAUUCUUGAUGUGUUACGUCAUGUUGGGAAAGAAGAUGCUUUCAAAAGCUUGGAAUUUACAACAUCUGAUUUGAAUCUACCUCUUCUUGAUUUCAAUUCUGAUUUACCACCAAUGCCUUUAGUCGUGGAAACAGACCUCUCAAAGCUUCUCUCAUCGGUUAAAAGUCGAAUUCAACUAUUGAUGCAACAUCAUCAGAAAUCAAAGAACAAAAACGAAAGCAAUGACUCAACAGUUAAAUUCCAGAAAGCAAUGAUUGAAGAUUCCGUCCGUGAAUACAAACCGCGUGUUCAAAAUUAUGAUUAA